UCAAGCGACUGUUGUGUGGAGAAUGUGGAUGUUUCGCUAGCAACAGUAUGUGCUAAUAUACUUGUGUACGACGUUAUAAACAAAUCCUAUAUUUAAUUCGAUUAAAUAUUUGAUGUGGAUGAUCGGAUAAAGCGAUGGAAACAGUGACGGAUGAAGACGUAUCUAAACUAUCAAAGAUAGAGCUACGCAAACUGAAAUUGGCAGAAUACCUUGCGGCAAAAGGAAGACUGAAAGCACCUAAUCCAAAGCCAUAUCUCAAGGAGAAACCUGUUACAAAGGAACAUGCUGAAAAUAAUCAGAAGUCCAAAAUUACAGGUGAUGGAAAAGAGAAUCGUGGCAUCAAUGGCACAAAUAUAAAAGAAGUGAAGAAAGUGAAGACAUUGACAGAGGUUGAUAAAAACACAUCCUCAAAAAAAGGACUUAGCAUCAGUUCACUAGACAAAGUCAAAACACGGUCUUUCAGCAAUUCCCGUAAUACUUGCCAGACGCAGAACAAUAGAACAGCCUUUCUUCAAAAUCCAAGGAAACGCCAUGAUGCUGAGAAUACAGCUAUGUCAUUCAGUGCAGCUAAGAGGACUGAUUCACAAAGCCUUCAAAAUGUCCAACCCAAAGCCUGUCAAGGUCAGCCAGUUUCCCAUGCUGCAAAUAAAACUCAAAUGCCAGGAAAAUCAAGUCUUGUUUCUGUCUGUGGACCUUCAGAGUCUCGACGUGGCAACUCAGGCCACAGACGCACAGAUCAGAGCUGUACUAAGAAGGACAUUCAUAAGAAAUUAACAGAUACAAGCAUCAAAACAACUUCAGCUGGCAGUUUGAAGAGUCGAAGACCAAUGAACACAGCUGAGACAAGAAUUCAGACAAACAGUGUUUCUAAAACCCAGGUAAAACCUGGACAGCAAUCCAGAAGUCAAAGUGCUGCACCAAAGAUUGGAAUGCAGAAUUACAGUUCUCAGAGCAAUAAACCCAUAAACCAGAAAUCAAAUUCAGCGACAGACAGAUCAGGUGUGAACCAGAGAAAAGAUAUCCCAUGCAUUGUCUCAAAAGUUGAUCCCACAAAAGCUAAAUCAAAUAGUUCUGUCACAAACAGAGUAACAAGAAGUGCUUCUUCAACUCUCUCUCAACCUGCAAAUAGAGAAGGAUCAGCGGUCAUCAAAAAUAAACAGCCUGCUACUGUUAAACCAACUAAUGCCACUGCUUCUACCAAACUACUCGGUCGAAGUACCAAGAGUUGUAUUCUGCCGCAGACAGAAUGCGUCCCCCAAACUGCGUCCCGAGAGCUUCAUCAGCCCACUAAGAGGUCCAGUCAGGCCAAGCCUUUGCAGGUCAAGCAAAUGCAGACUCCCAAAUCCAGUUUCUGUCCCAGUACUCAAGGUGUCCGAACAGCCCCGGUAGAUGGGAUGAAGAAGCCGACUGCAGCUCAGGAGGAGAGACUACGUAAGCUCCAGGAGUGGCGGGAGUCGAGGGGCAUCACUUAUAAACGUCCCCCCAUGCCUGUCCGGAUGGUGAGGAGGAAGACAGUCUCUGCUAUUCCUCAGCCCUACUGGACUUCUAUGGAGAAUGAAGAUGAGGUUCAUGACGUUGUCUUUGCUGUGGACCGAUCAUUAGAUGACUGCAUUAAAUUAUUACAGCAGGGUUUCCCGGUGGAACAGGUCAGAGAUGUGCUGUCUCGAGUGCCAAUGGCACAGAAGUUUGCUAAAUACUGGAUCUGUCAGGCCAGACUAAUGGAAAGAGAAGGAAACCUGGAGGUGCUGCCAAUGUUUCAGGAAGCCAUUCGUGUAGUGAGAGAGCCAGUGGAUGAGUUACGAUCUGUGGUUUUUGAUAUCCUUAAAAAGAGACAGAUUCAAGGUUUGUCUCCGAUGCCAAAGGAGUCUGAAACGCCAGAGGCUAGAGUGCAUGACGAACAGGAAGGCAGUGAUCUCAUGUGCACCCCAAAACCUGUUGGUGCCCUCAUAUGUGGAAGGAGGGGAGGCUCGUCUGUCGUCAAAUAUAAAAUUACAGCAACCCCUGGGGGAAAAAGGAGUCAGCAGGGAGCAGAACCAGGACAAGUAGACGGUCACGAAAUCCGUUUCUUUACCCCAGUCCGGCGUUCGGUGCGGAUCGAGAAAACCUCCCUGCGCUAUCCGACAGCUUUGCAGGAACAUGACCCCUGUGUGACCUCUCUUUGCGACCUUGUAGGUGAGAGUAAGGAAGAGGUCAAAGGUGAGACGCAACCCCAGAGCUCUCCCGUGUACGUGUACCGGGAGAACGAAGCACUGAGAGAUCAUGUUCAAGUUAAACUCGUCUAUCCAGAAGAGGUUGAAACAUGAUAAUGUUUUUUAUCAUGCAGUAACCUUCAUUUCCCACCUGGAAGCAAUGAAUUGUUUUAUCAGUUUAAUUCUGUUUACCAUUUCUCUUUUGUACAUAUUUAGCUACUCUGUCAAUAGAUGCUACCUAAUUGGUUCAUACUUCAUUGCUUUAAAGAAACUAAACAUGAAGCACUGCUUUAUGUACAAAUAAGAUAAUAUUACCCAUACUGCAAAAGAUACAAUCGAAAUGUCAGUAUUAUUAAUUAGAGACUUGACAUGCCUAACUUCAGCUAUAAUUUAUGAAUCAAACUCAAUCUCUUGUGCUUGUCUGAACAAUAGCAUAAAUGUAUUUUGUGAGAAAUUGGAUUUUGCGUGAUAAUUAAACCAUAUUUGAGUCACUGUUGCUAUAAUUUUGUUCCAGUUGGAGAGUUUUCGAGACUGAUUGGAUGAUUACAUUCUGAGCAAACAAAAUCUCAAAAACAUUUUAUGAAUCUUAGAGCAUUUCCUGAAAUUUGUUUUUUAGGUCAUUUCCCAUCGGUGUUGACUUUAUCUACAUCUAGAUUGUUUAUUAAAUUGGCACAAGAUUGGAAUCAAUUUGAGGUUUUUAGGUUAGUGAAAUUUUAAAGUUCAUGUGUUUCUGUAUUGCUUUUUUUGGUGCAGUAAAGUGUCAUGGCAAAGCUUGUAUUUCAUGAAGGGGAGGGAUACAUUUUCCCCAGACUGGUCAAAACAAGUAAUGGAUUUGUUUUUUUUCCUCAAUUGCUUCUGGGAGAACUAUAAUGUAGUCACAGGACAUUAGGUUCAAUAAACUGAUUAUUUAAUGGGAAAGGGAAAUCUAUCAUCAUUUACUCACUCCCAUGUCCGUCUAUGACUUUCUUCUUUAGAACACAAAAGGGUUUGUUUUUUGAUCCACUGUUGCCUUGUAUUGUAAAGACAAAACCAGGUAAACACAUUUAUU